UAGAAAGGCCGGUGUGAGAAUCAGUGAAUUGUAGUGAAUUUCGCGUACGCAGUGAAAAGUAAUGCAGAGUUCCUAACAUGGCUAGCGAUAAAAAGUCAGGAAAAUCUUCAAAAGGUUCGAAAUCCAAUGCAGAAAUACUAUCUGAAUUCCAAAUACUUCGCAAUGAGCAAAGAACGAUGGCUAACAAACUGUCAGAAAUGGAGAUAGAACUGAAUGAACACAAGAUUGUAAUCGAUACGUUAAAAAAUAUAGACCCAAAGAGGAAGUGUUACAGAAUGACAGGAGGUGUUUUAUGUGAACGUACUGUGGAAGAUGUAAUGCCUGCAUUGGUGACAAACAAAGAACAACUGAUAAAAGUUAUAGAUGCUUUAAAUGACCAAUUAACAAAGAAAGGAGUUGAAAUAAAUGAAUUUAAAGAGAAACAUAAUAUUAGAAUCAGAGGACAACAGGAUGUACAACGACAAGGUGAAGAUUCUAAAGAAGCAAAGAGAAGCGCAGUUGUUGUUAAUUCGAUGUUGAGUAAUUACGCAUAAAAUCAAAGUUUCUUUGUAAUACGUUUUAAAUUUAUAUUUAAAUCACUCUUUGGCACUUGCUUAUUAAAUAUUUUGAAAGAAUAUUAUAUUUCAAAUGUAUAAAUAUUCAAUUUUUUUAAUAAUUGUGUAUUUUGUAUAAAAAGACUUUUGACUUUUUGUUUAUGGAGAAUAGUAUACAACUUUAAGGAAUAA